AUGAAGAAGCACUCGAGCUACGAAUACACGUCGCACAGCGUCGUGCGGAAGAACAAGUCCGAGCACGAGAAAAAGGCUGAGGUCGAAGCGGCGUUCAAGCGUGUCAGCAAGGGACCUACUUUCGUAAACAGGGUCCGACUUCUCGCCGCCAGUCUCGACGCCAUGGUCAAGAGUCUCGACGGCCUCGCCGACGAGCUUGAGGAGCACAACAGGCUGAGCGUCGCCAGGGUCAAGAAGCUGCGAGAGCCCAUGCGCAUCACCGAGGAGACCACCACUCGCGUGAGCACCACCAAGACGUCUGAGAACGACCAUGCAAAACGCAUCUUUGGCGUCAAGCUCUACCCAUUCUCAUCAUCUUUGUCUAGCACGCUGCAGAGAUGGCAGCUGCGGCAAAGGGAUAUCCCGCCCCUCGGCGCGUACUCCAUGGCCCUGAUCAUCCUCCAGUCGCCAUACCGCAACGAACUGUUCCGCAUCGCUCGCCGCAUCACUGACCCUCGCACAAUAUUCCGCGCAUCUUGUUCCGCAGCACGUGCGAGCGAUACGAUCAAGACCGAGGCGAAAGAGAGCGAGGCGAAGGAUAGCAUCGACUCAUACAGCACUGUCGCGAGCAGCCUCUUGAGCUUAGGCAAGUGCGCGAGACCGCUCGGCGCGUACUUCACCACCCUAAUCAUCCUGCCGUCGCCACGCGGCACCAACAUGUUCCACACCGCGAGAUUGGCUUCCGCGACCUCGCUGGGCUCCGCACCUCGUUCCGCACAUCGUUCCGCACAACGUUCCGCACAACGUUCCGCACAACUUUCCAACAUCGCUUUGCGCAGGCUCAUGCGAGCCGUGUCUCUGUCGUCCGAGCAGAUCGACGAGCUCUUCAACGACCCCGCCAAGCUCCAGCAGUGCAGGCAAGCGUUUUUGGUGUCUCCGACUGGAAGGAUGUUUGUACCUCGCAACUACCGUCGAGUGGCCGCAGACGAGUCGAGCACAUCCGACCCCGCUGCUACAGACGAGGAGCUUCAAGACAAGUCCAACUCGGUGCAAGACGACGUCACCAAGAAUGCCGCCUUGGUCUCGCUGUUCGAUCGCAUCGACUUUUCCGACCGCGCAUGA